AGCCAUUGCACAAUUUCAUUUACACUACUUGCAACAAAAAUCGAAAGUAGAUAUUUUUAAACAAGACAAGAAGAUGGUUGCAGUAGAAAGAGUUGAGAGUUUAGCCUCAAGCGGAAUCAAAUCGAUCCCGAAAGAAUACAUUCGUCCCAAAGAAGAGCUCGAGAGCAUCAACGACGUUUUCCAAGAAGAGAAGAAAGAAGACGGUCCUCAAGUUCCCACCAUCGACCUACAAGACAUCGAGUCAGAAGAUCAAAAGAUUCGUGAGAAAUGCAUUGAGGAACUGAAAAAGGCAGCUAUGGAUUGGGGAGUGAUGCAUUUGGUCAACCAUGGUGUACCGGUUGAUCUAAUGGAGCGUGUGAAGAAAACCGGAGAAGAGUUUUUCGGUUUACCCGUUGAAGAGAAGGAGAAGUAUGCCAACGAUCAAGCUACAGGGAAGAUUCAAGGGUAUGGAAGUAAAUUGGCUAACAACGCGAGUGGACAAUUGGAAUGGGAAGAUUAUUUCUUUCAUCUUGUUUAUCCUGAAGACAAAAGAGAUCUUUCACUUUGGCCCAAGACACCAAGUGAUUACAUAGAAGCAACGAGUGAGUACGCCAAGUGUCUUCGUUUGCUAGCAACAAAAGUCUUCAAGGCGCUCUCUAUAGGUCUAGGCUUAGAGUCUGACCGUCUAGAGAAAGAAGUGGGUGGUUUAGAAGAGCUUCUUCUACAAAUGAAGAUAAAUUAUUACCCAAAAUGCCCUCAGCCUGAGCUAGCACUUGGCGUGGAAGCUCACACCGAUGUAAGCGCUCUAACCUUCAUCUUACACAACAUGGUUCCAGGUUUGCAGCUGUUCUACGAGGGUAAAUGGGUCAUUGCAAAAUGUGUCCCCGAUUCGAUUGUGAUGCACAUUGGAGAUACUUUGGAGAUUCUUAGUAAUGGCAAGUAUAAGAGUAUACUUCAUCGUGGGUUGGUGAAUAAGGAGAAAGUUAGGGUAUCUUGGGCUGUGUUUUGUGAGCCACCAAAGGAUAAGAUUGUUCUUAAGCCGUUGCCGGAGAUGGUGAGUGUUGAGUCUCCGGCUAAGUUUCCUCCAAGGACAUUUGCUCAACAUAUUGAGCAUAAGUUGUUUAGGAACGAACAAGAGGAAUUGAUAUCAGAGAAAAAAAAUCAAGUUUAAGUCUAUACAUGUAAAACUCUAUGUUCGCCUUUCUCUUUUCUUUUGUGUUUGUGUCUUUAUCAUGUAUUUAAUGUUUGUAUCUUAUCGAAGAUAUGACGAAUAUUUCUACGGAUUGUAUCAUUGUGAUAUUUUUGUCU